AUGGCAGACCGCUGCCUGCCCAACGCCUCCUGCGCAGCGGAGAUUGCUCGCUCUGGGCUGAACAUGACCCACUAUUCAACGAUAGAGACGGCAAAAGACCUCCUGUGGGUACUGAGUACGCUGGGCAAGGAUAGGCAAAAUGUGGUGCUAUCGGAGGGGCUUGGGAACUUUGUCGUGCAGCGGCUGCUGGAGAUGGGAGAGAACCUGAAGGGCCUUUCUGUCAUCAUGGCAGGGUUUACGCACCCCGGCUACUUUGACCUCUUCAGGAGCAUCCGUGGCUAUGACGGGGCAAUGCAGCGAUUGUUGGCGUUCUGUGAGGAGGAUGGGACUGCGCUAUGUGUCUCUCAUGUUGGUGCGUUUGAGGGGAUGUGGAACCGCCUUGUCAACGUUAUGAAGGCAGCAGAGGCGAAUACGUUGCCGUGCAACAGCCGUCUUGACUGGGGGAUUGACCCAAAAGAUAUGCACCGCGAAUACCGCACCCUUCUUGCUACAAUGCUUAAAAAACCGCAACACCUUUUAAUGCUAAGUGAGUGGAAGUUGCUUCAACUGAUACCGUCCUUUAUUUAUCGUCUACAACGCUGCACGGGGAAGGAUCAGGCGGCGCUUAAUCACCUGUAUACCGCUUUGCACUCAGAGGAGCGAGCUCCCUGUUCACAGUUUGUGCCGCAGCGGUACAAUUGGCUGGUGAAUGAGCUGACCUUGACCCGCCCACCACUGCCGCCAGAGGAUCUCUUUGCGGAGACCUUGGCGGACCGGCUGGUGCUGCCAAGCCUAAAAGACUGGCAAAAGAUGUAUGAUAUGUACAAAGCAUACCCAAAGUACGACGUCGCACCAGCUGUUGUUGCCCCUGCGAAAGUGCCUUUGCUGCUGCUUCCCUCGGACGUUGACCCUGUGUUUCCGUUUGGCAUGGCGGCACUGGCUUCCACAGUCUACGACACCACACUCCGUCUUUUGCCUCACCAAAGCAGCUUUCCUGUCGCUUCUAGCGCCUCUGGCUGCAUCAAGAACAAUCUUAUAUACUUUCGCGCCCAUCGAGCCUGGGCAGAUGCAGGGCAGUGCCAGGUGGAUGCAACGUACAAGCUAAAUUUCAUUAACUUUGACGCCUACGAAUUUUAUCGAGUGAGUGACGCGUGGGAGUUUACGACGCCAAACAUGCCAGAGCCCACGGUAACCCAGUCCACCACGACUACCACAGCCGCACCACAUAAGUCUGACAAGAAAGAGCACUUCAAAAAGGCAGUGAUCAUUCUCGCGGUACUUUUGUUGCUAGCGCUACUCGUCCUUGGUGGGAUGACGUAUCUAUACUUGAAGAAGAAAGAGUCGUUUAAGUUCUCUGACGAUUUCUACAGCAACUUGAACCACUAA